UCUAUAUAUCUAAGCCUUCACAAUCAUUUUCUUAUAUCUUUCCUUCCCCUUUCACAUCACCUGAGUUGGUAUGGCGAAAACAGCAGGCCGCAGGAAGAUCGAGUUGAAACUAAUCGAAAACGAAAGGGAGCGUGCAGUUACAUUGUCUAAGCGUCAUGAUGGCUUAUUCAAGAAAGCUUGUGAGUUGGCCACGCUAUGUGGUGCGCAGAUUGCAAUAAUUCUGUUCACCAUUAGUGGAAAGCCACUCGCUGUUGGAAGCCCGACGGUAGCUAACGUUGUAGACAAAUUUCUCGACUUGGAUCGUGGUGAAAAUAAUGUCAUCAGAGCCACUACCAACUCUUUACGUAAAGCUAAACUUAGAGAACUCAAUCAAGAAUUUAACGAAUUUAAUGAGAAAUUCGCAACUGAAAGGAAACAUGGACAAACCCUUGAAGAAGAUCUGAAAGUGUCGCUUGGUGGGAAAACGUAUGAGGAUUGUAAAAGCAACAUUGGUAUAGAUAAUCUUUUGCAAAUAAAAUGCAGGUUGGAACAACUGAAAAGAGACUUGCAACAUGGUUGUUAUGCAGAAAGUGGAUCUUCCUCCUUUGAAGAAGAUUAUGAGAUGGAUCUGUCUAAAAUUGAAGGGCCAAGAGACUAUUUAAAGUUGUGAUAUGUUUAACUUAUCUUUUAAUAAAGGAAGGAAUCUAAAAUUAUGUGUUUGAUUCCUAUGCUAUGUUGAGAAUUACUUUUUCUAUAAUGGUAAUAAUAAUAAUUGGAUUGUUUCCUUUGA